AUGACUAACAAUCAACAAGUAACAGUUGAAUUAUCGGAACAUGAAUAUUUAAAUGAAACAAAUGAAAAAUCUUUAAAUAUCUCGACAACAGAUCAAACACAAACAUCACCAAAAACGAGUCAUACUGACCUAAUUGUGACAUUAAUUCUUUUGAUUAUCAUUGCUAUUAUACCAAUUCUUGAAAUAUAUAUUGGACGUCGAUAUGCAAAUAGUUGUCCACUUGAUUGGCGUAUUCCAAUUUAUUUAGUUGUAGCAGGUGCUGCUGCACUUAUUGUUAUACUUUUAGGUAUUAUUCAAACUUUUUUAAAAGCUAAAGUUUUUGUCAAUCGUGCUAGAGAAAAAUCUAAUGUCGCUGCUACUAUUAGUGCUAUGUGUGUUACAUGUCUUGCAAGCAUACUUUUAUUAUUUCUCUUCGUUUGGUUUGUUUUCGGAUGUUAUUGGAUAUUUCGUUCAUGGAAUACUGUACAAUAUGUUGAUGCAACUCAAAAAGAUUAUUGUCAUCGGGUUCUUUAUCGUUUUGCAUUUUGGUUACUUUUAGGUGCUUUCUUUUCCCAAAUUUUAGCUUGUGGUUAUUCAUAUUUGAAAGUACAUUUAGGAAUAAUGUCAUGA